AUGGACCCAAACGAUCCCAAUGUUAAGAUGAUGUCAGACAUGCGUAAGAUGCAAGGCCUGAUGGAGUCGUGCUACGCGAAGACUGUCAUGUCUGGAGUUAUGGGCUUCGGGCUGGGCGGUUUGUUUGGUGCUUUUAUGGCUUCUAUGGCCUACGACACCCCCAUGCACACAGCGACCGUCCCCGGCGCCAACCAGACCCCCAUCUCCUCUCUCCCGUGGAAACAGCAGCUCCGGAUCGGGUUCAAGGACAUGGGCGCCCGCUCCUUCAGCACGGCCAAGAACUUUGGCAUGGUCGGCGCCCUGUUCUCGGGCAUCGAGUGCGGCAUCGAGGGGUACCGCGCCAAGAACGAGCUGAGCAACGGCGUCGCGGCCGGGUGCAUGACGGGGGCCAUCCUCGCGCGGCAUGGCGGCCCGCAGGCGGCGGCUGUUGGGUGUGCGGGCUUUGCGGCUUUUAGCGCAGCUAUCGAUGCUUGGAUGAGGAUGCCCAAGGAGGAGGAGUCGUAG